AUGGCCCAAUCAAUACCAUUAAUCGUCGCAUUGAAAAAUGCAUCAAACGUCGCCGAAGAAGGUCAUAUUAUACAAGUGGGUAAUGGUGCCAGCAUCGAUACUGUGAAAAGUUUGGCCGCCGAAAAACUCGCUACUUCGGCUCCUCUUGCCGAUAUUACCCUGGAAGACGCUUGCGGCAAUCGUUUAACGGAAAUCGACGCCGUCCGCAGUCAACAAGUCGUCUACCUAUCUUUGAAAGAACAGAUCAAGGAUGUCAUUCCCGGACCACGCAAGUUACCGUAUGUCGGUAAUCUUUACGAUUUGGCUCCUGAUUUCACGGCCGGCUGGAUGCGCCUCUUCAAGACCUAUGGUCCCAUAGUUGAUGUCAGCAUCAUUGGAAAACGAGUGAUUGGCGUCAAUGAUCCCGCCAUCGUCGAGCUGGUAGUCAAGGAAUCAGAAUACUUUACAAAGAAAAUCACAAGCGCGUUGGUGGAAAUCAAGGAAUUCGCUGGACAAGGUCUUUUCACCACCGACACAGACGAUGAGGAUUGGGUUCUUGCACAUAAGCUUUUGAUGCCGGCAUUCAGCCCGCGCGCAAUCAAGGCUUAUCAACACGAAAUGGGAAAAAUUACAGAGCAAACCAUUGGGAUUCUUGAACAAUAUUCACCAGAAGAAAAAGUCGAGAUCUUGGACUGGGCCACCAAUCUCACCUUUGAAACCAUCGGCCGUAUAGGGUUUGGUUACUCGUUUAAUCUACUGGAGAAUCGCGAUGCUCCUGCCCAUCCAUUUAUACAAGCCAUGAGUUACUGUCUUAAGCACAGUAUCACCCGAUUUCAGCAGGCCCAAUUCAUGAAAUUAUUGCCUAUCGAGGCCAACCGACGUUAUGACCAAUCGGUGCAGUUGAUGCGCGACGUGGUUGCGGAAGUCAUUCAAGAGCGCAAGAAGAGUAGCGAUGCCAACGAUAUGCACAAAGAUCUUUUAGGUUUCAUGCUGAAUGCACGAGACGAUAAUGAUCACGGUCUAUCGGAUGAAAAUAUCCGCGAUCAAGUAGUGACGUUUUUGAUUGCCGGUCAUGACACAACAGCCAAUACUUUGGCAUGGACAUUAUAUGAGUUUGCUCGCAACCCAGAGAUUGAAGCUAAAGUACUUCAGGAAAUUGUCGAUUCCGGGAUCCGCCACGAUACUAUGCCGACCUCGGAACAGAUCAGCAGCCUCAAAUAUCUGCAUCAGUGUUUAAAGGAAACGUUACGUAUGCAUCCACCCGUGAGAAACUUGAACAAGUAUUGCCAGAAGGACUGUAUCGUACCUGGCGGUUAUCGUAUUAAGGCCGGAUCAGCCGUGAGCGUCAAUCUGUAUUCAAUGCACUACAACGAUAAGAUCUACCCUGAUCCUGAACGUUACGAUCCGAAUCGAUUCUCCCCCGAAGAAGAACAAAAGCGUUCCCGUUUUGCGUGGUUACCCUUCAGCACAGGCCCUCGCGCAUGUAUUGGCAUGGCAUUUGCUCUCCAAGAGGCUAAAACCGUGUUAUCCAUGUUUUUGCACAAAUUCAAGUUCAAAUACGACGGUCCACCUGUGAGAUAUGAUCCCAAGCAAGCCACUACAAAGCCUUUGGAUUUGUUCAUGACCAUCCAUCCCCGUACCGAUCUACCCGAAGUGUCAAGCAAAGCAGCCAAUAUGAAGGCCAAUUCAAAGAAAUCACCUGAAAAAGGUUUGCCGGAAUUGGCCGAGCCUACGAAAAUGGGAUCUACCGAGUUACCGCCGAUCACUUUCCUCUUCGGCACACAGACCGGUACGGCUCAGGAUUAUGCUUCGCAGCUGGCUGGUCAAGCGAAACGGUUCGGAUUCCCAACCAUUACCAUGUGCGAAAUGGACCGAUGGAAUACUUUGCAGAGCAUCAAGCUGAACAACAGCCAGAGUGAUUCAAAGUUGCCGACCGAACUUGUCGUCAUUUGCACGGCCACCUACAACGGUCAACCCCCCGAUUCCGGUGAGCACUUUGACAAGUUCCUGGACAAGGCCAAAGAGACGGGUAACUCGACAUUAAUGAAUGGGAUCAAGUAUGCCGUUUUUGGUCUCGGCAAUAAACAGUGGCGUACCUAUCAACGCUAUCCGAUGAAGAUUGAUGCUUACCUGGAAGACCUUGGCGCCGAGCGGUUCUUCACAGCAGGUCAGGGUAAUGCGGACGAAGACAUGGAUGCCGAAUUCAACGAUUGGUGUGCUCAUUUCUGGACACAUGCUUUGAGCUAUUUCGGACUUGCUAUUACGCAAGGAUCCUCCGUUGUCCCCUCGGCUAGUGGAAAACCUGGAGAUCGCUUGCCCGCCAAAAUUCACUACAUUGCCCCGAGCGACAAGGAAAAAUGGUCCAUUGCCGGUCACAACAUGAACGGAGAGCAUAAUGUAAAGGUGCUGGCCAAUAUCGAACUGCAGCAUCAAGACGAACACAACAAGCGCAGCACGCGUCAUAUCGAAUUGGAUGUGUCAUCAUUAACGCCGUUGCAUGAAGGUCGGCCGUACCAAGCCGGCGAUCAUCUGGAAGUGAUGCCGCAAAAUAGUGCCGAGACCGUGGAAGCCAUUGCUCUUGGGUUUGGACUUGUGCUGGAUUCGGUCUUUGAGGUCGAUCCGGAAACUUACGAAUACGUUUCUCCCCGAUCCAUGGCCGCGGCCAUCAAAGGUCCUUGUACCGUACGCAACGCAUUGACUUAUUAUGCCGAUUUAUCGUCGCCUCCGUCACGUCGUCUCCUGGGUCAUUUUGCUUCGCAAUUACGUAAAGCAGCGCCAGAGACUGCGGAUGUAUUUGAUCGUUUGACCAUGCCAGACGCCAAUAACGUGGACCGAUAUCCCGAAUUUAUCAAUCAGCAUCGAACCUUGCUCGAUUUACAAAAAGCGUAUCCUCAGGUGAAACAGUUGGAUUUCGGUCAAUUGCUGGCGGCGGUUGGCGUCAUUCAACCGCGCCGUUACUCAAUUGCCUGUUCUCCCUUGGAACAUCCUGACAAAGCCCAUCUUACGGUGGGUGUGGUAGAUGACGUGGUCCAUGGCAAACACUAUCCUGGUCUCGCUUCGUCGUUCCUGGCUCGCAUGCAAACCGACCAAGGGGGUGAACAUGCACCUGUUUUCCGAGCACAAUUCAAAUCAUCCAAGAGUUCCUUUGCAUUACCGGCCGAUAUCCGGACACCCUUGAUCAUGAUUGCAGCUGGCACCGGGUUAUCACCGUUCCGAGGUUUCCUGCAAGAGCGGGCUUACCAGCGGAAGCAGGGUCAAGAUGUUGGUGAAUGUUUACUUUUCUUUGGUUGCCGAAGGGCUGAUCAGGACUACAUUUAUCGCCAAGAAUUGGAGCAGUGGGCCAAGGAGGGGGUUGUCACGAUUCACAAUGCAUUUUCACGCGCAUUGCCGACACCUCCACGCAAGUAUGUCCAGCAUCAAAUUCUAGCCAAGGCGGCCGAUGUCUGGCGGUUAUUGGUGCCCAAUGACGCUAUGCAGACACCUGCAUCAGUAUAUGUUUGUGGCAGCGGUGCCCUGAGUCGGGAUGUUCGUUCUACCUUUUGCACCCUGUCCAAAAGCUUCGCGACGGUCGAAACCGACGAAGAAGCCGACCAAUACUUGCAACGACUCAUGGACGAGAACCGCUACAACGAAGAUGUUUGGGGAUAA